GCUGCCCCGUCGCUAUCAGCUGUGAGGAGAUCGCGGCGUCUCCGGAAGCCACGCCAUGGAUCUAGUGAGCUUUGAGGACGUGGCUGUGCACUUCACUCAGGAAGAGUGGGCUUUGCUGGAUCCUUCCCAAAAGAGUCUGUACAGAGAUGUGAUGCAGGAAACCUUCAGGAACUUCGCUGCGAUAGGAUAUAUAUGGGAAGAACAGAAUAUUGAAGAUGAAUGCAAAAAUUUUGGAAGAUAUCAAAGGUACAUCAGAUCUCACUCUGAAUACACUCCAUAUGAGCAUGAGGAAUAUGGAAACACACCAUAUGAUUCCAGUUCUCUCACAAGUAUUCAAGGAUACAUGGGUGCUCACACUGUGAAUGAACCUUGUCAAUGUGAGGUAUGUUUAAAAUCCUUUGGUUUUUCAAGUACACUUGGAAUAUAUCACCAAACUCACAGUGGAGAAAACUUCUAUGACUACAAGGAAUGUGGAAAGGCUUCUGUUUAUCAUAGUUCACUUUAUACACAUGGAGGAACUCACACUGUAAGAAAAUGUUACGAAUGUAACCAGUGUGGGAAAGUUCUGAGUUCUUCCAGUUCCCUUCAAAGGCAUGAGAGAAUUCACACAGGAGAAAGACCCUAUAAAUGUAACCAGUGUGGGAAAGCUCUGAGUUCUUCUACUUCACUUCAAAGACAUGAGAGAAUUCACACAGGAGAAAGACCUUAUAAAUGUAACCAGUGUGGGAAAGCCUUUAGAUGUCACAGUGCCCUUCAGUUACAUGAAAGAAUUCAUACUGGUGAAAAACCCUAUGAGUGUCAGCAGUGUGGGAAAGCCUUUACAUGUCACAGUUACCUUCGAUUACAUGAAAGGACUCACACCGGAGAGAAACCCUAUGAAUGUAAACAGUGUGGGAAAGCCUUCAGAUGUCAAACUUCCUAUCAUAGACAUAAAAUUAUUCAUGGUGGAGAAACAUUCUAUGAAUGUAAACAAUGUAGUAGGCUCUUCAUUUACCCUUCUUUACUUCAAAUGCAUGAAAGAACUCACACUAGUGAAAGACCAUAUAAAUGUAAGCAGUGUGGUAAGUCAUUCCUUUAUCCCUCUUUACUUCAAAUGCAUGAAAGAACUCAUACUGGUGAAAAGCCCUAUGAAUGUAAACAAUGUGGUACAGCCUUUAGACAUCACUCUUCCCUUCGACUACAUGAAAGAACUCAUACAGGAGAAAAGCCCUAUGAAUGUCAACAGUGUGGUAAAGCCUUUACUCGUCAUACUUCCCUUCGAUUACAUGAAAUAACUCAUACUGGAGAGAAACCUUAUAAAUGUAAAGAAUGUGGUAAAGCCUUUAGACAUCAUUCUUCCCUUCGAUUGCAUGGAAGAAUUCAUAGUGGAGAGAAACCCUAUGAAUGUAAACAAUGUGAUAAAGCCUUUAUACGUUACAGUUACCUCCGAUUACAUGAAAGAACACACACAGGAGAAAAACCUUAUGAAUGCAAACAAUGUGGGAAAGCCUUCAGCCGUCACAGUUCCUUUCAGAGACAUAAAUCUAUUCAUGCUGUGGAAAACCCCUUUGAAUGUCAGCAGUAUCUAAUUCCUUUAUCCAUGUUUCCUCCAAAUACAUCAGGCAACUCAUAUUGGUGAAAAACACUAUCAAUGUGAACAAUGUUUAUCCUUGUUCACAUGUAAGAACUGACGAUGUCAUGUGAUAGGUCUUGUCCAUAUGAAUGAUAUGGUUUAGACUUCAAAUUCUUGAAGGAAUUCAUGCUGGGCAGUUUCUACAAGUGUAAGCAAUGUGUGCUAAGUUCUUUGCUGGUCACUCUUCUUUCACAGAAACCAGUUAAUUCAUGCUGGGGAAAUGUCUUAUGAAUGUAAACAAUGUAGUCAGUCUUUUAUUCCUAUUUGCUUCAAGCAAAUGAAAGAAUUUACAGUGCAAAAUGUUGUGUCAGCAGUGUGCUGGAGCCUUCAGGGGAUGAUGCAGGCUCUUUUGGUAACAUGAAAGACAUUUUACUGGAGGAAAAACCCAUGAUGUUUAGAUGCUAUUGCUUCCAUAGAUUCUGUGAAUGGACUACUGCAAACAGUUCUGUGAGUGGAAACAAAGUUGUGACACCUUCAAGUUCACAGUCCCUUUCAAAGAUGUAUAAUGAUUGAUGAUGGGACAAAGCCUUAUUAUACAUGUAAAGAAUGUGGUAAGUUUUUGGAUGCCAGGAAAUGGAUAUAUGUUUUUAAUCAGUAGUGUAGGCUCCCUGUAAGUUGCCAGUGCUCAGUAAGUCUAAUUACAUUCAGUGUCUCCCCAGGCUGCACUUGGGUGGAAUCAUUUCUUUCCUUCUAUCCUCAGCGCCCUAUCUGGGGUGAAUAGACACUUGUUCAACAUGUGGUCAGGAAAUGUUCACAUAACACUUGGUGUCCAAAUGUGGGAAACAACAGAACCAAAGACGAGUUUGAGGAGAGCACUUGCCUUGUCUCUGCUGUGGGUGAUGAGAUAUGCCACUGAAAGGAAGCUUUCUGUGGGUGGACCAUCUGCGGUGUUAAUUCUGAAACGGCAGUACUUCCAGUAUGCCAUGGAAGAGUGUGCCUUGUUGUGCAGUUCCAGUUGUAUUGUCUGUGCCAUGCAACUCUUACAUAGUAUCAAGUGGCCCACUUCUGUGACAAAUGAACCCACUCCCCUUGUAUAGGUGGAACAAGAUUAAGUAGGCAGUCAGGUGCACAGCCCGUGCUUUGGCUAUUAAGACAUGCAAAUAAGGCUUAGCUGCCUACUAGCAUUAACUUGUCCCUCUAGUGGAGGAGUUACUUUGAGGAAAAAACAUGCAGAUCCUGUCCACUGUAUUGGCUUCCAAAUUGGCAGGAGGACUAGGGAAGGAUUAUGGGAGGGAGGAUGGGAAUGAAUGAGCUGCAGUUGCUGGCUUCCAGUUUCUUACAACUGGAGAUGGCAUAAGGGGAACAAAUUAAAGUCAUAUCUUCUAAGUAGUCCCUCUGGGAUCCUAAAAGUUGAAGCCUCUGUAAAGCCUUGAACAGUAAGGAUGCUUCAUUCAAAGGGAGUGAAGGAGUGAUAAUGUUCCCCUUAGGCCUAACCUUUAAUACAGAAGAAUAGGAAAUUGGUAGUACAGCAUGUGAGUAGAGGUCUAAAUAGUAGCCCAGUAGAGGAAGUUGUGAUAGUCAGUAAAUAUUCUGUCUUUGGGAGGCUGUAGAACUUGAGGGAAAAGAAACAUCAAUGAAGGAAGAUCUGAUAAAGUAGUGCAGCUGAGAAGUCUACACUUUCCCUGGAGUCAUUUCCCCAGGAUGAGGUGGGGAAAGGAUGCUUGUGUGUCACUUGUUUGUUCAGUCUAGGGCCCUCUCAGCAGCCAGGGAUGUACGUCCACCGAAGAGGCAGCAAUGUGCUACAGCUUGAGCCCAGAGGCUGUAAGACCCAGGGAGUCCAUGGGGAUACAGCAGGUGAGCAUGUCUGGGUUUCCCUGUGGCCCCCUAUACCAAUUAGAGAACAAGAGCCAGCUCCUUCUCCACCAAGGCUGCACUCAAGGUGAGGGUGCAGAUGGCUCAAUAAGAAUGACUAGUUGGUACAGGGUAGGGUUCGACCUCCCAUCUACACCACUGUAUCCAAUAUUGGUUUUGAUUUACUUUUUGUUUUCUUGAGGCAAGUUCUUAGGUAGCCCAUGCUGGUCUCAAAUUCACUAUAUAGUCGAGGAUGAUCUUGGAAUUCCUGAUCCUCUUACCUCCUGAUGCCUCCUCUUACCAAAUACUGGGGUUGCAUGUUUGAGUCACCCCAUCUCUUUUCCUUUGCUUCGAGACAAAUCCAGGCUUCAUGUAUGCACUCUCAGCUUUGCUAUGUCCUCAGGUUAGCAUUGAGGAAACACUUGGUACAAAUGAUAGAUCCUCAUACUGUUGGGUCUUCUUAAUUUAUUGCCUUCUAGUUCCUGAGUUCAGCUGGCACUUGUUAGGGAUUGUGGCUUCAGUGAUCCUGAGAUCCCUGUGUAAAAAGGUGUCACUUCACCACUGACAUAACGACAACCUCUGUGUGUUCCACAGAGUUAGAAAAGCAUCCGUGUGAGAUGGAAGAGUGACUACCAGAAGGGAGGUACACAUGUGCACAGAGCAGGCACAUGGGAAAUUCUUGGGACAUUAUAGUUGGGUGAGACACAGGUGAGCCAAAACAAGGUGAAUGAGGGGAAACCUUUAUAGCGAGUGGCUAACAUUAAACAUUAAAAGAAUAGUUGAGAACCUUGAAUGAAGGCACCCUGUGCAUGCGGGCAAACAUAGGCUCUUUAGUGAAGAUGCAGUGUCAGGGGUGGGCUACUUUUCCAGGAGGUGUUGGCCAUAGAUACCCCGGAAGUCCCCAGAUGGUGUUGGCUAUUGCCAGUGCUAUUAGUUGUCUCUAGCACUAGUGUUAAAGAGUGUUCCUGAAGACACCACAUGCUUUGGUUGCUGAAUGUGGAAAAAAAUGAACUGCAACAGCUGGAAGCUUCCUCUUUGCUGGCCAACAUUCAUAGGACCUGUAGGUGCAGGCUACUGUGCAGCACUGCUCAGCUCUGGACCUGUGUGUUACUAAAUUGUCAAGCAAGAUGUGCCUGCUAGGGCUGGUGAGAUGGUCCAGCUGGCGAAGGUGCUUGUUGCCAAGGCUGUCAACUUGAGUUAGCUCUCAGAACCCAUGUGAUGGAAAGAAAAAUAAACCCUUCAAGUUGUCUUCUGAUUUCUUCAUUCAUGCUAUGGCAUGCAUCUUCCCUGAACAAUAGAGAAAUAAAUGUAAUAUAGUCUCUAGGACUUAAUGAGAGUGACCGACUGCUUUCUGGUUGGGUAGGUUUGUGCUGCAGGGGUCAAUUCACAUCUCUUGGAACCUAUCCACAGCCUAUGGCUUGACAGUCAUAGGGUAAUGCUAUUGGCAUUUUGCUAAAUGGGUAUAUUUCUGUGAAAUGACUGUUUCAAGUUCUAUGUUUAUGCCUGUGGAGUACUGUUCCACUCAUUUUUUAAAAAGAAAAAUUCCUUUUUGCUUUGGCAGUAGUUACUGAUGAGACUUAUUACUUCCUCCUAGGCUUGGCAAAUUUCUAGAAAAGGGAGCACCAGAGGAAGGGGUGACAUGUUUUGGAAUGCUGUCCUUUGAGCAUGCCAUUGCCAGUGUUGAAAUUCCAGUACCUAUGAAGACCUGUAGGGGGCCUGCACAAGAUUGAGGCCUUUUGUAUUUAUGCAGAGGGAUGGGCAUGGAGCCCUGGCACCUUCCCUGAUGAUUUACAGGCAGUUAAUAUUCAUUGCAGGCAGGGAUCAAGAGACCUUAGCUUCUCCCUGAGUAUAUGUUUUUGUUUUGAUAUUUCAAGACAGGGUUUCUUUGAGUAGUCCUGGUUGUCCUGUAAUUUACUAUAUAGAGCAAGCCAGUUUUGAACUCACAGAGAUCUGCCUCCCAAGUGCUGAGAUUAAAGGUGCCACUAUGCCCAGCAUACCUCUGAAUAUUUUUUGUUGUUUUUCGAGACAGGUUUCUCUGUGUAGCCCUAGCUGUCCUGGAACUCACUCUAUAGACCAGGCUGGCAUUGAACUCACACAGAUCUUCCUGCUUCUGCCUCCCAAGUGCUGGGAUUAAAAGCAAGCACCACCACGGACCAGCCCAUCCCUGCAUAUUUUUAGGCAGUUAAUGGUACUUAGACAGGACAGUCUCACAAGACCUCCCACCUCCUUUGGAUAUGAAAGCAGAUAAUUGUUGUUGGUAAAGGGAAAAACUCUUUCUUCAGUGGAAUGCCUACUCAGAAGUUUCCCAUGUUCCUGCCACUAACCCUUUAAAGACCCAUGUUUAUGUAAGUAACCCUAAUUAAAAUAAUUGGUUCAUCAA